ACUAAAACCUGGCGCGCAGUGUGAGUUUGACGCAGCAGGCACAUGUGUGAUUGGUUCUACUUAAUUUUCUAUAACGAUUCUAUUUCACACAUAGAAUUGAAUUUAAGAAAAAAUUCUGUAACGAUGCUAGUAGAAGAAAUUUAAUCCAAAAUGCCGGACAUGAAAUACAUUUUAGUAACUGGCGGUGUCAUCAGCGGUGUAGGGAAAGGUGUCAUCGCAAGUUCUUUCGGGACAAUUUUAAAGAGCUGUGGUAUUGAUGUUACGUCUAUAAAAAUCGACCCAUAUAUUAAUAUUGAUGCUGGUACCUUCUCUCCAUAUGAACAUGGUGAAGUUUACGUGCUUGAUGACGGAGGUGAGGUGGACCUUGAUCUUGGCAACUACGAGCGUUUCUUGGAUAUCACACUGCAUCGGGACAAUAAUAUCACGACUGGGAAGAUUUACCAACAGGUCAUUGAACGUGAAAGGCGUGGGGACUAUCUUGGAAAGACUGUUCAAGUGAUUCCCCACAUAACGGAUGCUAUUCAAGAAUGGGUGCAAAGAGUGGCUCAUAUUCCUGUUACACCAGACAAUUCCGCGCCUAAGGUGUGCAUUAUUGAGUUGGGAGGAACAAUAGGUGAUAUUGAAGGAAUGUCAUUUGUUGAAGCAUUUAGACAAUUCCAAUUUAGAGUAAAAAGAGAAAAUUUCUGCUGUGCUCAUGUCUCUUUGGUGCCGAUGCCAAAAUCAACAGGUGAACCAAAAACAAAACCUACACAAUCCUCAGUCAGAGAACUUAGAGGACUUGGCUUAUCGCCUGAUUUGAUUCUAUGCCGUUCUGAAAUACCUAUCAAUCACACAGUCAAAGAAAAGAUUUCCAAUUUCUGUCAUGUCGGACCUGAACAGGUUAUAUGCAUACAUGAUCUGAGUUCAGUAUAUCAUGUACCUUUGCUGAUGGAAGCGCAGGGUGUGGUGCAAUAUCUCAAUGAAAGGCUGCAAUUGAAUAUGUCCGUGCCUCGCCCGGGAAGAUUUAUGCAGAAAUGGCGUAAUCUAGCAAAGAGGGUAGAGAAUUUACGUAAAGAAGUAAACAUAACUUUAGUAGGAAAGUACACGAAGUUGGAGGAUAGCUAUGCAAGUGUUACUAAGGCGUUGCAGCACGCCUCUAUAGCGGCGGGCUACAGACUUAAUCUCACGUACGUAGAAGCCGUUUCUCUGGAGCGCCAGACGAAGAUAGACGACCCUGUUAGCUAUCAUAAGGCUUGGCAGGAUCUUUGUAAGUGCGAUGGGGUGAUAAUUCCUGGUGGAUUUGGACAAAGAGGAAUGGAGGGAAAGAUUGAAGCAGCUCAAUGGUGCCGUGAAACCCAGAAACCUAUGCUGGGCAUCUGCUUAGGUCUACAAGCUGCUGUAAUAGAGUUUGCAAGAAAUGUCCUCGGUCUGAAGGGAGCUAAUAGCACAGAAGUAGAUCCCAAUUGUGAAGACAAACUGGUCAUCGAUAUGCCGGAACACCAUCCCGGGAAUCUUGGCGGUACAAUGAGAUUGGGCAAACGCAAGACAUAUUUGGAAUCUAGUUUAAUAUCACAAUUGUAUAAGAAGGAUAUAAUCGAGGAGCGUCACCGGCACCGGUACGAGGUGAACCCGGAGUACAUCGAGCGGCUGGAGGCGGGCGGGCUGCGCUUCGUGGGCAAGGACGAGACGCGCACGCGCAUGGAAGUCGCGCUCGUCGACCGACACCCCUACUACGUCACCGUGCAGUUCCACCCCGAGUACCUCUCCAGGCCGCUCUCACCCAGCCCACCCUUCAUGGGUUUAAUACUAGCCUCACUAGGAAAGCUGAAAUCUUAUCUCUCUAAAGGAUGCAGGCUCAGUCCCAGGAAUCAGUCUGAUGUUAGCUCAGAUGAAGAAGAUCUUUCAGUGUCGUCUUUAAGUUUAAUUGAAGAGAAAACUGUCAUUGAAAAUGGCAAGCAUGUUAAUGGUGUUAAGUAAAAAUUUUAAUUUAAGAUAACUUGAUAGAACUAAGUGCAAAUGUAAUUCCACUUGAAAUACAGUAUCUAUGUGUAUCUGAAAUUAUAAUUGUUAUCUUUUAUUAUAUUUUGACCAGUGUAUAUUACUUAAAAUGUAUUUGUGUCAAAACUAUAUAUAUUUAAUUACCCCAAUAUAUCUUGUAAUGUUAUAAACCUCUAAAAAUAUUCCAGCUUCACUUUUUAGCAAAAUUGCUAUUUUUAUAUUAUAUUCUUCAAGAAUUAUUGUAUAUCUGUAGUGUGAGUGAGAUGAACAUAUACAAAUGACAAAGAAAGAAUGUAUUUAGUGGUUCUUCGUUUGGCUUACUCGAUAUCUUUAAAAUCUCUCAAAUAAUAAAAAAAGGUUGUUGCUUAAAUGAUACCUGUACUGUAUGGUAUUUACCAUUUUUAAAUGUAAAAUUUGUUAUUUUUGAUUCUGACAAAAAUGUUGAAGAAUGAAAGCGAUUUAUUAAUUUAGCAUAAUACUAGUUAAAAUAAUUCAAUAAAAAUGUUAUCAUAUAAAAGUAUUGUUUGUGUAUAACUCAUCCAUAUUCUGCAAGUGUUGAAAGAGAUUCCAGGAAUGAAUUUUUAUGUUUUUCUGUUAUGUGGAAAUUAUUAAAUUGAGAAUGAGACAUGGGUAAGUUGUGUCCUUUACAAUAAUGUUGCCAGUGAAGUCGCAUUUUGUUACUUUUUUUUUAUUUUGGAGUAUCGAAUUAUUCUUCGAUAAUUUUUAAGCACAGUAAAAUACAUUAAUAUAAGUCAUAUACUUUACUGAGCUUAUUUGAAAUAUAUUUCAAAUGUACCCUUUUAUUUUUCAUUAAAGAUUGAUAAACGGCGAACAAAUGAACUUAUUAA